GUGGUACGUAAGGACGGCGGGUCAGCUGACGGCGAUCAUCGGAGGAGCCAGCGGAAUUUACGGCGCUGUGGAAGUGGGGCUCACUGGACCUUCUUGACGUACUCACGACCGAAGGAGGAGAGGGGCUGUCGGGUUGGAGGUGUCGGAGAGUGUAGUAGGGCAGGGAUUGGUUUAACCAUGGCCACUUUGGACUGAGAAACAGCCACAAUGAUUGGAGGACUGUUUAUCUACAACCACAAGGGGGAGGUCCUCAUCUCUCGGGUCUACAGAGAUGAUAUUGGACGUAAUGCUGUGGAUGCGUUUCGUGUGAACGUCAUCCAUGCCAGGCAGCAGGUCCGAUCCCCGGUGACUAACAUUGCACGUACAAGCUUCUUCCACGUCAAACGCUCCAACAUCUGGUUGGCGGCGGUCACCAAGCAGAAUGUCAAUGCUGCCAUGGUGUUCGAGUUCCUCUACAAGAUGUGCGACGUAAUGACCGCAUACUUCGGCAAGAUCAGCGAGGAGAACAUCAAGAACAACUUUGUGCUCAUCUAUGAGCUGCUGGAUGAGAUCUUGGAUUUUGGUUACCCUCAGAAUUCUGAAACUGGGGCUCUGAAAACCUUUAUUACUCAGCAGGGCAUCAAGGGACAGCAUCAGACAAAAGAAGAGCAGUCUCAGAUCACCAGCCAGGUGACAGGGCAGAUUGGCUGGCGACGUGAGGGCAUCAAGUAUCGCCGCAAUGAGCUUUUCCUGGAUGUGCUGGAGAGCGUUAACCUGCUCAUGUCCCCACAAGGUCAAGUCCUGAGUGCGCACGUGUCUGGCAGAGUAGUGAUGAAGAGCUAUCUGAGCGGGAUGCCAGAGUGUAAAUUUGGGAUGAAUGAUAAGAUUGUCAUCGACAAACAGGGCAAGGGCGGUGGUUCUGAUGACGCAGGGAAGAGUGGGAAGCAGUCCAUAGCCAUCGACGAUUGUACCUUCCACCAGUGUGUGCGCCUCAGUAAGUUUGACUCUGAGCGUAGCAUCAGCUUCAUCCCUCCUGAUGGAGAAUAUGAGCUCAUGAGGUACCGAACCACAAAAGACAUCAUUCUGCCUUUCCGUGUUAUCCCCUUGGUUCGAGAAGUAGGGCGCACCAAACUGGAGGUUAAGGUGGUCAUCAAGUCUAACUUUAAACCCUCACUGCUGGCUCAGAAGAUUGAGGUGCGCAUCCCCACACCCCUCAACACCAGUGGCGUGCAGGUGAUUUGUAUGAAGGGAAAAGCCAAGUACAAGGCCAGUGAGAAUGCCAUCGUCUGGAAGAUCAAGCGCAUGGCUGGGAUGAAGGAGUCUCAGAUCAGUGCUGAGAUUGAGCUGCUGCCAACCAAUGAUAAGAAGAAAUGGGCUAGGCCUCCAAUCUCUAUGAACUUUGAGGUUCCUUUCGCUCCAUCUGGGUUAAAGGUGCGUUACUUGAAGGUGUUUGAGUCCAAGCUCAACUACAGUGACCACGACGUCAUCAAAUGGGUCCGCUACAUCGGCCGCUCUGGCAUCUACGAAACUCGCUGCUAAGAUCAUUAUCGCCUGGCAGCAAACUGACCACUUUGUCUCAUCUAUCCUGUUAUUUUCUUUCUCUUCACUUUGUGUCUACCCCUCUACAAUCUAGAGCCUCUCUUUCACCCCAUAUCUUAACUAGUGUUGGAGAUUCAUAUUACAUUGUUUAAAAAAAGUAAAUAUGGUAUAAUGCACAGAUAUAUGCAAAAUGUGAACCAUUGUAAUUGUAUACCUUGUAGUGAUGAGUAAACCUGUAAAAAAAAAAAAAAUGGUGUGAAAGAACUAGACGUGUGAUGCAGGAAGCCAGGGGGGGGGUGGGCAGGAGGCAGAAUAUGGGGUGCUUACAUGUGUUUACUUAGUGUUUAUGUAUCCACUAUCUCCUCUCCUGCUACCUUUUCAGAUAAAUUAGCGACACACUUUAUGAUAAUUUUUAGCUAUUGUGAUUAAGAGUUACUCCUUUUGUCAAUAUAGCUGACCCUUUAAAUCGAAUUGCUUUGUCCGUUGCUGUAUUGUGAGCAGAUUUGGUAUUUGUUUCCAGAAAAUGGUUAAGAUCUCAAAAUUUUGUCUCUUGCCAUUAAGCAGGAUGAGAGCAAAUUAUUAUCAACAUAAUGUUUUAUGUGUAGCUUGGAAAGUGUGCUUAAAAAGACUGAUGUUAUGUACUGACCGGAGAAGACAGUAUUUUAAAGGUUGGCCGGUGUAAGUUUGGGUCAAAGAUGAAAUGUUGAACAUUCCAGGCAGAUAUGAGGUCUGACCAUUGUGCUGUUUUGUUGUGAGCUUUAAAGUGGCUAUGAUGCCUCCAUCUGUGUCUCAAGCUUUGUCACUCUGGCUCUGAGCUUCUGCUUGUAGAAAGAGGCACAAAGGGAAGAUUGGCACUAGGGGAGUAUGUCCACAUUAAGGGGAUGUCUCCCCCUGGUGUUUGCCUCAUCACUGUCUGCUCUGUUUGUUGCCCUGGUGACCGUUGUGUCCAAUAAAAUCUGACAAUGUAACCAAA